CCGUUAAAGAUAGCUAAAUAUUGUGAGACCCCUGGUUGUGGAAGAAUACAGUCGCUGCAAAACUGUCUUUCGGAUUCCGAUAUUAGGAAUGUGGGGUUAAAGUUGAUUUUAAAGACGUUCCAGCUCAUUUGGGAAAAAACAUGGAGCGUUUUUAAGAGAUCGCUUUAUGUGCCCUGAGCACUAUUCAGACCUCUAGUCAUUUGUAUUAAUUGCAUGGAGGCUGCUUUGAAGUGUUUUGGUAUUAUUUUCGAUGCUGGUUGAUAUCCAUAAGCUACCGGAGUCUCCCGUUUGUUUAUUUAUCAUUGAAACGUUUGUAACAUUUGAGACCCUCGAUCACGGUGAUCUUUUGUAAAAAAGUAAAAUCAUCUCGUGCGAUUGCGUCCCAUGAAAUAUGAUGUGGGGAGGUCAUUUAUAAUCACAGGAGGUCUCCAGAUAAUACUGAUGCCAUGCGUAAGCUGUGAAUGAUGCUUAUGUGUGACCUAACGCUACGUCUCGAACCAAAAUUCACAGACGCCACCAACUACGCAAACUGCUAUCGAAUAAAAACGAUGGGUGUUUACUUUCAAGUGUCUUCAAUGUGGCACGUCCAUUGAAACGGAGCGUUCACAGAGCUGGCCUAAAACCAGCGUAGAAAAUAGCCUAUUACUUAUUGAUUUUGAUGUUUUUUGAUGUAAAAACCAUGUGAAUGUCAUAAGUAGACCGCAUAUAACAGUAUGAAACAAUAAACAAUGGCAGUCCAUGAGAACUUUAAUACUUGACAAACUGUAUGAUAGAUUCCUUAAACCUACCCCUAUUCCUAAAGGAGAAACAUGCAGCAAUUUCUAAUUUUCACUUAAAAAUGUAUUAUUGAUCUAUUAUCUGUUUACCUCAUGGGUAAAAUGUGAGUUUUUUAAUGUCAAAGGUCCAUGUGUUUUUUUUUUCUCCAGUGAACUACUGGAAACCAAGAACGAGGAGAAAAAACAGCCACUCUUUAGAAUGUUAGCAUCAACUUGUCUGCAAGAUAUGCUAAGAUAAGACUGUUGUUCAGGUCUUAUUUACCGAAAAAUAUUUGUUAUAUACCUAAUAUUACAAAAACUGGAAACUAAUGGAAUUUAAGAACUAGAUUGUCCUUAAUAGUGUGAAGACAAAAGAGAAAAUGUAUUUAAUCACAUGAGUUAUGAGUUAAUUAAAGAAUGCCUACUGUACAUAGUCUGAUAUACACUUUAGAUUUAAAUUCCAAAUCCUCACUCAAGAUUCACUCAACUGAGACAGAUGUCUACUUUCAAGUCAGAAUAGGUGACCACUAUUAUCUAUGUUUUAACUCAAUCCUCAGUGUUGUGUAGCAAUACUUUGAGAGGGAAAUCACAAAGCACCGAAUGUAAACAUUAUUCCAAAACACUCAGCCUUCAAAAAAUCUAAAACAAGUAAUAAGAAUAGACACUCUGUUUUGUUCGGUAUCUGGUUUGUUAGCAUGUAGUUAUGAUAAUAAGAUCUAUGCAACAAGCUUUAGUUAGUAUGUGCUGUAUUUCAAAAUGCACUGUCAGGAAUUUACUAACAAUAGAGGCUGUGUAGUCUUUUGUCUCGGUCUAGUAUAAAGGUACGAGUGACAGCAGUCAGCCAACAAGCAGAUUCAGCUUCAGCUUCUCCUUUGUGAAAAUACUAAAGAUCAACCAACACAAACAUGAAGGUCACUUUCUAUGAGGACAGAAACUUCCAGGGUCGCUCUUAUGACUGUAUGGGCGACUGUUCUGACAUGUCCUCCUAUCUGAGCCGCUGUCACUCCUGUAGAGUUGAGAGUGGAUGCUGGAUGAUGUACGAUAAUCCCAACUACAUGGGAAACCAGUAUUUCUUUAAGAGGGGCGAGUACUCUGACUACAUGUCUAUGUUUGGAAUGGGCAGCAGUAUCAGAUCCUGCCGUACGAUCCCCAUGCACAGGGGAUCCUACAAAAUGAGGGUCUACGAGAGGGAGAACUUUGGAGGUCAGAUGUAUGAUAUGAUGGACGACUGUGACAGCAUCAUGGACCGCUACCGCAUGUCUCACUGUCAAUCCUGUCAUGUGAUGGACGGUCACUGGCUCAUGUAUGAGCAGCCCCACUACAGAGGAAAAAUGUGGUGGUUCAAACCUGGAGAGUACAGGAACUUCAGUAAUAUGGGUGGAAAUAGAUUCAUGAGCAUGAGGCGUAUCAUGGAUUCCUGGUACUAA